AAAAGACAAGCAAGCCUCCAAAAUUUCCAGAUCUCUCAACUUCCUGAAAAUGUGAAUACAUUAGAGAGUGGAGAUACAUUCACGUUGAAAGAAUGACUGUAAAGAUUGUAUGUUACUACUUAAUAUUCUGGGGAAAAUACUUUCCCAAAAUUUUUGUUUCUCUAAUUGUGAAGGAACUGACAGUGGAGACUAAACAUAUAAACUCUCUGUUAAUAGCGAUCUUUGCAUAUAAACAUCUUGUGGACCACGUGACCUCAAAGGACAAAACUCCGAGAAAACGCCGAGAAAAAUGGGAUUUCACAAAGAUAAAGGGAUUCUCUGGAAUCCCUGGAUCCUACUGGAGAACAAUGGUUGUAUGUCCAGCCACUCCAGUCCUAGACAAUUCGCUGUCAAUGAGACCGGAUGCUGGGUGCAUGUUUCCCGGGAUGCGCUUCGAAGACCUGAGACUGGCCUCCUUCUUCAAUGCUCGGAACCAUCCCAUCAGCCAGUUCCUCAUUCCGUUGGCGCAUGACGGAUACUAUUAUGACGUCAUAUACGAAUAUACCUGCUGCUUCUGCUGCGGGAACAGCUACAGUCGAGGUCACUCUCCCACCUGUGGAGGGAGGCGGGCACAGAGUAGUGUUCCCUUCGCCAGGUGCGCGCUCUACCGCCAGCAGCAGAUGGCAAGAGACCUCGACUUGCAGACGAUCAUCAGCUCGCUCGGGAUCAAGAUAAGGUGCCAAACAGUGGAGCGAGGGAUGGAGAGAGAGAGACAGCACCGGCCAAUGAUUCGAAUCCCGCCGAUACUGUGCCCAGCAUGCCACAACAGUCCGCCCAAUGAAGUGGUUUAUUCCUGCCACCACCGCACAAGGACAUGCGAGACCUGUUCUCCUCUCAGAGACCUUUGCCCCUUCUGUCAACGAGGAACCUCUAACAACCAAAUGUUUAUCUGCACAACUGACUGCUGCUUUUUUCGUGGUAUCCCUGAACAAUAUCUCUAGGCGUGGACUAGCUUGAAAAAAGAGAAGCAAGCCUCCAAGAAGUUCAUACAAACCAAAAAAUGUCACAAUUACAAAGUAUGAACCCUUGAUCGUUGUCUAGACCGUCCCGUUUACCUAAUUA